AUGGGCUCCAACAAUGGAAGAACAAUGAAGCUUCCCCUGGUUCCUCUCCCCAAAGGCUCUGUGUUGCUUCCCGGCAUCACAUUUCGAAUCCCGGUGUCGAAUCGUCCUGAUCUUGCCAACCUGCUUUCCACGCUGCUGGACCGGACGAAUCUGGGCAAACGGGAUGGGAGCUCCAUCACAUUCGGAUGCGUACCCUUAAGCUCACCGCUACUAAGCACAGAUGGCCAACACCUUGUGGAUGAUGGAAACUUGGACCGUCAAAAGAAGGAGGAUUAUGAUAUGAUAGAUGCAGGCCAGGCAAGAAAGGAGGAUCUUUUCCGCUACGGCACCCUCGGCAAGGUGAUAGGCGUACAGCGACGUGCUUAUGCAGAGCCAUUUCUUGUAGUUCAAGGAGUUCAGCGGUUCACCAUCAAACGGGUGUUGAAAGAGAGACCCUUUUUCGAAGCAGAGGUGCUUCUUCACAAUGAACGGGAUACUGUUACCAAUGACACAGAAACUGCUGAAUUGUUCCAACAAUUUCGACAACUCUCGCGCGAACUGAUCACGCUUCUACGGAUUUCAUCUUUAUUACCGUCGACUGGAUCGCGUCUAUCGCCAAUCGUUGCCCGUAAAUUUGAGAUAUUCAUCGCUAAGACGGAUUUGUGGCAGGCAGGCAACUUGGCAGAUUUCAUGGCGGAUGUCGCUGAAUCUACCUUCGAGGAGAAACUUCGAGUUCUGUCUUCUUUUGAUUUGAGAACUAGAAUUGAAAGAGUGGUUGAGCUUCUCGGUAGACAGGUCCAGGGAAUCAAGAAUAGUGUCAGAGUGACUACGAUCUCCGGCACUUCUUUUCCCCAGGACUCUACUUUUGACAUCAGCCAGAUUGAUCCUCGCGACCGCGAACUUCUUGCAAGACGGGCCAUGGCGGGUUUGACGGGUCUGACUCCUCCAGGAGCUGCAAGUGGGCGUGGCAAUGAAGACGAAAAGGAGACCAAUGAAGUCGAUGAGCUGCAACGGAGACUUCAGGAGGCCGAGCUUAGCCCUGAAGCUCGAAAGGUUGCUGACAAGGAGCUGAGACGUCUUCGCAAGAUGAAUCCGGCAAACGCAGAAUAUGGUGUCUGUCGGACUUAUCUUGAGAACAUCGCCGAUAUUCCGUGGACUAAGGUCACCGAGGACAGGCUUGGACCCGAGACUCUCAAAGGAGCAAGAAAGCAAUUAGAUGACGAUCAUUAUGGCCUUGAGACUAUCAAGAAGAGACUCCUUGAGUAUCUGGCUGUUCUGAGACUCAAGCAGUCAACUAAUCAAGAAGUUGAGAAGCAAAUUGCUGCUCUGACAAAGGAGCUCGAUGCUGCUAAUGAAACAGACGUCGAGAAGGAUAUCCCCGCCAUAUCAGAGUCCGAUCGAUUGUCCAUUGAAGCGAAGCUGCAUGCGCUCCAAUCCAGACGAGUAGCCGAUAAAUCCCCGAUUCUCUUGCUUGCAGGCCCUCCGGGCACCGGUAAGACUAGCUUGGCGCGGUCUGUUGCAGCGUCUUUAGGCCGCAAAUUCCACAGAAUCUCGCUCGGUGGCGUUCGUGAUGAGGCUGAGAUUCGAGGUCACCGGAGAACCUAUGUCGCUGCGAUGCCGGGCCUGAUAGUCAAUGGACUGAAGAAGGUUGGCGUUGCCAACCCUGUGUUCCUCCUCGACGAAAUCGACAAAGUCGGCGGCGCCAAUUUCCAAGGUGAUCCUUCCGCAGCGAUGUUGGAAGUCCUGGAUCCCGAGCAGAAUCACACUUUCCUCGAUCAUUACAUUAACAUCCCCAUUGACUUGAGCAAAGUUUUGUUCAUUGCCACUGCUAAUUCCCUGGAUACUAUCCCCGCACCGUUGCUCGACCGCAUGGAGACAAUUUCGCUGUCCGGCUAUACGACGGUGGAGAAGAGGCAUAUCUCUAAGAGACAUCUUAUCCCUAAGCAGAUCAGAGCCAACGGUUUGUCUGAGGGCCAGGUUGCGCUUUCAGACGAGGUCAUUGAUAAGGUCAUAACAUCUUACACUAGGGAAUCUGGGGUGCGAAACCUUGAGCGCGAGAUCGGCUCGGUUUGUCGCCAUAAGGCUGUGCAAUAUGCAGAUGCAGUGGACACGGCCAAGUUGGAUGCCUACAACCCUGUCGUUUCUCUUGACGAUUUGGAAGAAAUCCUUGGUAUCGAACGAUUUGAUGAGGAGAUUGCAGAGAAGCACGGUCGGCCAGGCGUCGUGACUGGCCUCGUUGCGUACUCGACUGGAGGACAGGGCAGCAUCCUGUUCAUCGAGGUUGCAGACAUGCCUGGAAAUGGCCGCGUUCAACUUACGGGAACGCUCGGUGAUGUCCUGAAAGAGAGCGUGGAGGUAGCUCUGACUUGGGUCAAAGCCCAUUCAUUCGAGCUUGGACUCACCCACGAUCCUAAUGAAGACAUAAUGAAGAACAGGAGCCUGCACGUUCACUGCCCAGCAGGGGCUAUCCCCAAGGAUGGCCCCUCUGCUGGUCUUGCGCACACAAUCGGGCUGAUCUCGCUUUUCACGGGUAAAGCUGUGCCCCCUCAGAUUGCAAUGACUGGCGAGGUCUCUCUGCGUGGAAGAGUGAUGCCUGUUGGCGGUAUCAAGGAGAAGUUGAUUGGGGCAUUGCGUGCCGGCGUUAAGUCCGUGCUUCUGCCCGAGCAGAACCGGAAAGACGUCAAGGAUGUACCGCAGGAAGUCAAAGAUGGGCUGCAAAUCAUCCAUGUCAGACAUAUCUGGGAAGCCAUCCGCCAGGUCUGGCCUGACGCCCAUUGGCCUGGACAGCAUCAUAUGAAUUUUGUUGAAAGCCGGCUGUAG